AUGUCGCAAACGGUCAUUUCAUCGACCGGAUACGAAGGUGUCAUCUAUCUCUUUAUAUCCACAACUCAAGCUUCCCUAUUGAUGCGAAAAGCACAGAUUACCAACCUUCUAAUUUUCCCUGACGUUCAAAAAUCUAUAAAUAAAAUACUUAGUAAUGUGGUUCAAGUUGCUGUAUGUGUUUUCGGCGUGUUUUCAAACAUUAUAAACAUUUUAGUCUUCUACAAAAUUGGAUUCGCGGACAGUGUGACAGUGGUGUUGUUUGGCCUUGCAAUUUCUGAUCUGGGCUAUCUGUUUUUCAGCGUUGCCUCUCAGACACUCGACAUCCUGGACGCCGCGGUUGGUCUACACCCAUUCGAACCCCUUAAAAACCUAGCAUUUCAAGUCCUCUGGUUCAACAAUAUGUUUUAUGACAUCACUAUCAUCCUUACAGUCUUCAACGCUGUUCAGAAAUGCGCCUGCGUGGCGAUUCCUUUGAUAUUCAAAAGCGUUUUUACAAAAUCGCGAUCGAUUUUCAUCGUUGGUUUCGUCUACGUGGGAAUUUUUAUCUACUAUAUUCCUACAUUCGCUAAUCCUGGAACAGCCUCAUAUUUUGACCCCUCUCUAAACUGGACAAGGCUGGGGAAUUAUUACCUACCAAACAACGAAACCGUAAAUACAAUAUUCUAUAUUUUGAGCCGUAUUCUGCUCCCGUUUGUUUCUCAAGCCGUCAUUAUAUUUUGUAUGGUCAUUCUGACGGUAAAACUCAGAGCAACACUUAAAUUUAGAAGAACCUUAAGUUUGCAUCAAGGAUUUGCAGAAGAAAACGAAAAUGAAAGAGAAAGAAACAAAGCAAAGGGAAGCGGGAAAGAACUAAGAGCUAUCCAAACGGUAACUUUAGUGUCAGCCAUCUUUGUAGUCUGUAACUCACCAGACAUUUUGAUCACCUUGACCCGCUCGGUGUACCCAGAAUUCAGUGACACAAGCAGCAGGUUUGAGAGCACCUACCGGAUGUGUGGAGCCAUCCAAGAUGUCUUCGCCGUGACCAAUUCAGCAGUGAAUAUUGUUGUCUAUCUCAAGUAUAACAAUAAAUAUCGUCGGAGGUUUAAGGAGAUCAUCCAAGCAGUCGUGCGUCCUCAGACGAGACUUCGUCUUUAG